AUGACGCGCAAACUAAUAGAGGAGUACGCCAAAUGGUGGCUAGAAGUCAACAUCCAGAAGACCCAAUACAUGUGCAUCGGCGGAAGUCAGGAGAACUCUGACCCAAAUCUAGCCCUGUCAAGCUCUCAGUUUAUAAAGCACUGCAAUGCGUACAAGUACCUGGGACUGAGGAUAUCGAAAGAUGGAUCUCUCGAUGGGGCAAUACGGGAGAGAAAUACUCUUGGAAGGAGGGCGAUUUCGAUGCUCAAUAGUGUUUUAUUGGAUAAAAAUAUAUCCAAGGAGAACAAAACAAGGAUAUACAACACAAUAGUGAAGAGCGUGAUAACAUACAGCUCAGAAGUAUGGUCGAUAAAAGCAAAUACUGAAAAAAUGCUCAUGGCAACAGAGAUGGACUUCUGGCGGAGAUCGGCUGGAAAAUCAAGAAUGGAGAGAGUACGGAACGACAGAAUAAGAGAAAUAAUGGGUGUCAAAGGUAACAUCGUAGAUGACAUCCGAACAAAACAACUGAUAUGGUUCGGGCAUGUACAGAGGAUGCCCGACAGUAGAAUUCCGAAGAAAAUCUUCAAAUGGACCCCACAAGGACGAAGAAGAAGGGGAAGACCUAGGAGAAGUUGGAGGGAAGGAGUUGAUAAGGAAAAGAGAGAUACAGGGAUCGGAGAAGAACUAUGGAGAAACCGGACCGAGUGGCGAUUAGAAAUCGGAAGACGGCGAAGAACGUUUUAA